AUGACACUGCUGCAGGCUGUCUGCUGCGCCACCGUCUCGCUCGGGCCUAUAGUAGCCAUCUACCAUGCAACUAGCUUAUCCGUGCAGACGGAAACUCGUCGGCUCAUGGGCCUCUCUACCCUCUUUUACUGCUUGUACUUAUUUGCAAAGAGCUUGCUGGUGGCCAGCAUCCUUCCGGCGACGUGCGAGGAAUUCUUCAUGUGCAGUGUAGUAGAGGACGUCGUCGCAGUCCUGAUGGAGCUUUUCGCUCUCCACUACAUUCUUGUAUCCAAAAAGGCACUUUCUUACGCAGCUGAGACACGGCUAAUUUGUGUUGGCCUCGGCUGGGCACUAGGACACGUUUUCUUCACGAAUGGCCAUUACAUCUUGAAAGGCCUGCGUGAUAGUACCGAUGAAUGCGCGAGCUCGUUGUUACUGCAUGGGUUGCUGCAAGGGGCCGUUGCGGCUUUCAGUCUUAUCAUUUACCUUUCGGUGGCCUCUCUGAUUUUCCUAUCCACGCGACGCCAUCGUCCCCUUCACUCACGCGUCACAUAUCUCGCUUUCGCCGCUCUCCUCGUUCCGUGGACCCUCACCCUAAGUGUCUGUUGUGGUGUCAGGCAGGGCCUAGGGUUGUCUUCAAGAGCAUCUCAGUUUCUUUUUGAAGAGAUUUCAGGCUUUUGCUGGCUGGCACUGCUGAUCCGCCUGUGCAUUGCGGUCUGUGCCGGUGUCUCGACGUACCUCAUAAUAAGGGAUAGACCCGGCACCCCAGGCAAGGGGUCCAAGGGAGGGGCUUUUUUCCGCAAGGUGGAGUGA